AUGAAUGCUAAUAAUAAUGCAGAUGAAGAUGGAGCGUCACGUGUUUGGCGAACGAAUGCUGGGAAUUACUAUCAUGUAUUGGAUUUGGUUAUCACUGAUCCGGAGGUCACACUGAGAGCUCGGAAGGUCAUUCGCGCGACAUUUCUUAUCUUCGUCACUUUGAUCGCUCGAACAGCUCUGCUUCUAGCUGAUGGUCAGCCAUUAAUGCAAACUCUCGUUGGCAUAGCCUUUGUAGCGGUCUCCAACGCUGAUGAGUUUAUUCUGUUUGCUGAUGCUGAUUCACGCAUCGCAUGCAACGGCACUUUUGAUAUAUGUGUUGGUGGCUACAUUUACGAACGGAUGCAUGGCUAUAAACUCUUUAUUAAAUUAGCGAGUGGUGAUGAGGUGACCAUCUGCGCUACUGCUGCUGUAGAUUUGAAAGUCUCAAACCUUGCACCGGCUAUAAAUCAGCACUUCAAAUAUCCUAGGGAAACCUGUUUCUAA